AUGACUAGCACUGAUACCUCUGCGUCAACUUUCUCUCAAUCGACCACUAAGAAGAAGAAACCACGGUGUCGACUGCGACAUAUCCUAAGAGACAUUCAGACGGAAAUAAUGGCUCUUGAGUCGUACCUCCCUGCCACAACCAGAGAUGGGUUAUCGACACUUUAUGAUGUAACCGAGAAUCUUCUGAAGGAGAGAAGAAGGACUAACGAGUUGACCAAGAAUCGUAAAUACUUAUUUAAGCGAUUAUCAUUGAGUGAAGAUUGUUCGAUAAGAUCCAUCAGAAAAGACUUUGAAACGGAGAGGAAAGAACGUGGGUUCUCACGACCAGCCAGAGAAACUAAGAAUAGAGACUUGUUUCAAGAUUGGUUGACCACAUCGAUUGAAGAUAAAGUGAAUUGGACAAAAGAUAGUUGGGGUGAACAAAUUGGUAAACUCACUGAUGAGAUCGAGCAUACUCAACUAACCAAUACGACAUUGAGGGAUGAUAUAGAAACGCUAAAAUCUGUUCUUGAAGUGUCGAAAUCCACUUAUUCAAAGCUCGAUAUCGGGCCGUCGACAACGAAUCAUGACUAUCCCCUACCGGCAUCCGACAUGACUCCCAUUACCUUUACAGACAGCGAAGAUCCAGUGUGCACCCGACGGCACAAUCAUGCAUCGUCCGAUCCCUCUAGCGGUCCGGCUUCGGGUUCAAAUCGCUCCAGAAUACCUUCCGAUACUUCUUCGCUAGAAGGGAUACUCUCUUCCGUAGCACAUACCCCAAAGGAGGUUUUCUCGCACAGAUAUGAGACAACCGAUUCCCGUGACCUUGGUUGA